UGAUCAGCAGUUACUUCUUGCCUCCCACGCAAUGUACAUAUAAAAUGAAAUCCCCCUCUUUCCCCAAUGAAUUCUUGCCUCCUCUUACAUCAACGUACAUAUCACUUUCCAAUAGACAUAUUAACAUAACAAAGCGCAUAGUCGCAUCAAACCUUACUGUCUGUCUGUCGUUAAUUUUCAAAGUAAACAAAAACAUCAAUCAUCUACACAAUCGUUUGGUCCCACACUCAACACUUACUACAAUACCUAGUACUCUUGGAACUCAACACCGCUAUCUAGUGGAUGAAAGUUUUGGUUACAACGAUAAUCAAUCCAUAACAUACUGAAUCAAAGAUCAAAAACAAUGAAGUCGUUCGUUACCAUUAGUGCAGCAAUUGCUGCUCUCGCUGGUAUAAGCAGUGCUCAAGUUACCUAUAACUCGACUACUGGAACCUUCUCGUGCCCAAUUGCCAAUGGUGCUUACUGCGCAAGUUCAUCUCUCGGUGGUCCUAUCAUCAUUCGAUGUACAAAUGGCAUUGGUCAACCAGGGAACUGUGAUGACAACCUUGCCGGAUACUUCCCUUAUGGUGUGAACUACUCACCAUGUUGGGAGACUAGUGAGAAGAGUGGUGAUGCUGCUUGCUCUAAGAACUGUAUCGUCCAAGGUGCCUCCGGUAACUUCAACGGCACAUUCACCCUUCCCAACUGCACACCCAUUCCAAAUCCUUCCGCUACCCCAUCUCUCAACGCUUCAACAACUACAACAUCGACCGGUACAUCAACGAUCAUCGAGGGUUCAAAAACCGAACUCAUAACCUACACCACAACCUUCUGUCCUACAUCUACCCCAGUAGUUCUCCCAUCUAUCACAUCUCCCACUGUCUCAACUUCUAUCGUGAUUCCUCCUUUAAUCACAGCGCCUACUGUCUCUACAACUCCUGUUAUCGACCCGUCAUCGGGUCUUACCACUGUCAUCUUUUCAUCCGGUACCGCUGUCAGUACCGCUGUCGGAACUGGUGGCUCGGGAGGAGGCUCGGGUGGUGGAUCUGGCGGUGGAUCUGGGGCUGGUAGCUCUGGAGUUCACAAUGGUACAACUGGUGGAUCGGGUGCUGGCGGAAGCGCAACUGCUACACCCGUUGGACCAACUAAAACUGCUACCGGAACUGGUGCACCUGAAUAUACAGGUGCUGCUAAUAUCCUCAGUGCAGGUGGUCUCGCAGCAGCGGGUGCUGUGCUUGCUUGGUUUCUUUAAGUGCUCUUAUGUUUGAGAAAAAGGAAUGAAAUGUGGAUGCGGAGGAGACAAGGGAUGAAGAUAUGAUACAUUCCUUACUCCUGAUGAUGGUAUUUAUGAAGAUGAUGGAGGACUUUUUGGCGAUUUUCUUACACAGUUUUGGAAGAUGGUUUUGGACGACAUACAUACACACCCACGACGGAUACGCAUGAUAUAUUAUGACUUUACGAGUCGACGACUCUCCUUAAUGAUAAUUUCUAUGGAUGAUGGAUUGAUAAUGGAUGUUCAAUUUUUGGUAGCAGGUUAUACGAGAAUAAGAAGGUUUAACGAUUUGAGUGGGUAUUCUCUUAAUUUAAGGGGAAUGAGAAUGAGAACUGGUGGGAGUAAAGUAGGAGUACGAAUGGAUAUGAUAUUUGAAUGAAUGCCGUUGAAGGAAGGGAGAUGAAAUGUUAUUGGAGAUUGAGGAGGCGGUAUAGUUUAACAACUCAAUGAUAUGACAUUACAAUGAAAAGUGGAUGAAAUCUAUUUGUGCAGAGAGAGGGUUAAAAAGUCACCUUUCUAUUCUUUUGAUUAUCUGCUUUUGGCUUGUAUGGAUAUAGUAUUAGGAGAGAACCUGUCUUACUCAUUAUAUUGUAAUCUUACUGCUAAAAC